CACUUUAUUUAAUUUUAGAACAAACUACAGUAGAAUAGUCUCCUUUCUGUUUCAAUCCAGAAGUUAGCUUGAGAUUUUCUUCGUUUUAAGUUAGUUUUUCGGAAUGGCAACAGCGUGAUGGGCGAUCGAUAUUAAACAUAGUCUGCAAUGCGUUUCACCCAUGUCUUUCCUCAUUGUUUUGAAAAUGAAUAAACACUAAUGUUGUGUUUUGAUCUGUAUUUCAAGCUAUAGUUUAUUGAUAAAGAUUAUAGAAAGAAAAUGGCAAUGCAUGAGCAGCAGAUGACCAAAGCUGAAAAUUUGAUGGCGGAAGCCGAAGCCAAACUCAACAGUAGUGGAGGUGCAUGCUGUGGUGGAGGACGAACUACAGCUAAGGAAGAGGAAGCAUGUGAUUUAUACGUGAAAGCCGCUAAUGCUUUCAAGAUGGCCAAGGAAUGGCACAAAGCUGGCAACGCUUUUGCUGAAGCUGCAUCCAUUCAACAGAAAAAUGAACGCCAAACGGAAGCGGGGAGGCAUUACAUCGAAGCUGCCAAAUGUUACAAAAAGACAAGCCCAAACGAGUGUGAGGAAUGUCUGACAAAAGCUAGUGAACUGUACGAUAGUGUGGGAAGAGGAAAGACAGCUGCCAAACAGCACUUGACAUUGGCAGAACUUCAUGAAGAGCAGGGGAACCUGAAGAAAGCAGUCGAUGAAUAUCAGAAAGCAGCCGAUAUGUUCCAAGCUGAAGAGCUGACAUCAUCUGUCACAAAAUGUCUCACAAAUGUAGCCAACCACGGCGCCAGCCUUGGCCAGUACCAGAGAGCGGAAGAAAUAUUCGUUCAGCUUGGUACCGAAGCACUCAACAACAAACUUCUGAAGUACACAGCUUGCGAACAUUUUGCCAAAGCUGGACUCUGCUAUUUGGUUGCCAAUCCGCAAGAUGGCGAUGGCCUUUUGGGGAAGAUAGCCGAAAUGAGGGAGACAAGUCCCGCAUUUGAUGAAAGUCGUGAAUGUGUUUGGUUAAUUAAAAUGGCCGAAGCUGUUAAAAAAGACGACGUAGAUGCCUUCAAUGAUGCCAUACGUAGUUACGAAUCAGUGACGCGACUUACGAGUUGGCAUAAUGAUCUCUUAAAAAAUAUUCGGAGAAACUUGGGACCCGAUUUGAGAUAGUAUGGCCCAUUCGCUAUGCUAAAGCGUUAUUGUGAUUUAAAUCUAUAUAGCUAGUUAAAUAUUCGGUUAACAGUUUACUCGUUUUAUGUACGUACGGUAAACAAAAUUGAUUUUUCUAUGUGUUACAUUGUUAUCAUGCAUUAUUCUACAUUUAUCAUUGUUUCCUGUGAAUAAUAAAGGGUUCUAUGCCCAUUGUUAUAAGGAUA